AUGGAUACGUCCAACCAAGAGCAAUAUUCACCAAUUAUUAGAUCAGUUGGUGAUUCCGCUAGUCCAGUGAAUAUCAUUGACAAGGGUGUUGCUGUUAACAUUGACGAAGAGCUGGAAUUCUCUCUUGGUGAUGAAGAAUUAGGGAGUGAAGAUGAAGCAUUAGAAGGUGAUACACAUGCAACCACUCAAACAAUUGUAGAAGAAGCUGCUGCGGAUGAUGGCUUGGAUGCUUUUCGAAAAAAAAAGAGGCAGAAAAAAUCAGUAGCAUGGGAUGACUUUAAAGAUGUUGAAGUUGGCCAUCAAAAAACUCUCAUGUCUGAGUGUAUUCAUUGCCAUGCAAAGUUCAAGAAGACGAAAACUAGUACAACUUCAAGUUUGCUAAGGCAUAGGAAGUCAUGUGCUAUCCGAUUGCAAAAAUUAAAAAAAGCAACACAACAAACAAAGAUCAAUUUCCCACCUGCUGAUUCUGCCGAAGCUUCUCAAACCUACCUUCACUCCGGGACGUUUGAUAUGGCAGCCAUGAGAGAGGCUACUGCUGAAUGGGUGCUUAUGCAUGAGCAUCCAUUUUCAAUUGUGGAGGAAGAAGGCUUCAAUUUGAUGCAAAAAAGAGGGAUGCCCGAAUGGCAAAGAAUCAAUCGGACUAUGAACAAAAAUGAUUGCACAUCAGUUUAUGAAAGAGAGAAGACAAAAUUGAAGAAUCAAUUAAAGAAAGUCAAGAAAAUCAGCUUGACUACAGAUCUUUGGAAGUCCAAGAACCAAAAAAAUGAGUAUAUGGUCGUAACCGGGCAUUGGAUUGAUAGUAACUGGAGAUUGCAGAAACGGGUUCUCAACUUUGUGCACGUCCCUCCUCCACGUCGGGGCAUCCAAAUUGCGGAUGCUAUUUUCAAAUGUUUAACGGAUUGGGGAAUUGAGAGUAAGAUUUAUACAAUCUCAGUCGAUAAUGCCUCAAAUAAUGACAGUGCACUGAGAUGUUUGAAGGACACUUUCUCCAGAAACAAGUGUCUAUUAGCAAAAGGAAAGUUAUUUCAUGUGAGAUGUUGUGCUCAUAUACUGAAUUUGAUGGUUCAAGACGGACUUAGUCGGAUCAAGGAAAUAGUUGACACAAUCAGGGACAGUGUGGAGUUUAUCAAUAAGACAGAUGGAAGACGCUUGCAAUUUGCUGAAAUUGUACGCCAGCUGCAGUUGCCAGAAAAAAUGCUAAUUUAUGACUGCAAAACAAGGUGA